UGUAAUACCCAUUUUACAUUAUUUGACCGAUCGCAAUAAUUUUAUUAGAUUACUUAAACAUUAUUUUUGAAUUUGCUUCGUCUUCUGACUGGAACUGUUACUAUAGGCAAUCAGUUAUACAAAACUGUAUUACGAUACACAUACUGACAAUAUUAUUUUAUAAUCGUUUGAAUGUUAUCUAUCAAUAUAAAUUCUAAUUAAACAAUUUGAUACACUUUUGUUUUUAAUUUUUGGGUUUGUUAUUUUGAUAAGUAGUAUUAGCACUAUCUGAAAAUAAUUUUUGAUUUUGUGACACUUUAUUAUUGCAAAAAUAUUUUUGAAUAAAUAAUAACGUUUAGUAUUUUUGUUAUGCUAUAAAAUUGUAAAUAAGGGAAAGUCUUACUUUGAUUGAAAGCGUAAAAUCAUUAUUGAUUGUUGUUAUCAAAUCAUUGCCCAAUUUAUCAACAAAUAAGAUAAUCAAAGUGCAACAACAACAGAUAAUAAAAAAGCACUAACGAGCCAAUGUGAAAUUUAUUGCAUUCCAUAUUGAAAGAUGUCUCAAAAUAGAAAAAUUACAUAAUGCAAUACUCAUUGUUUACGUUCAUUACGCAAUAUUACAACUAAAUUGGCAAAAUUAAUUUAAAUAAAUACGGCAAAUCUUGAGUGAUUUUAAGAUAUGAUUUCAACUCACGUAUAAAUACCUCACUGAUUAGGUCUAGUUCAGACUGCAAGUAGUGAGAACACGUUCAACAUCCUUUAGUUGGCGCUAAUUUGAUUGAAGUCGUCGUUGAAUUACAACACGUUCUGUUAAUUAAGCAUAAUUUGGAUUAAGGCAUAAUUAGACCAAAAUGGGUCAAUUAAUCAGUUUGUAUAAAUACUAUACCACACGAACCGAUGAUCCUGACCCUCUCACCACCCUCACAUCCAGAGAAGUUUUUCUCGUUCAGUCCUCGUGGGAUCCUAUUAAAAAAGAUUUGACGGGCUAUGGAGUGCAACUUCUCCUCUUUCUUUUUAAAAAAUAUCCGGAGGAGCAACAAAAUUUCCCGUUUCGGGAUAUGCCGUUUGAAGAGCUCGGAGCUAGUAAAAAAUUCCACGCUCAUUGUAGUAACGUAAUGUACGCCGUUGAUUCGAUUAUUGAUAGUUUGAAAGAUGGUGAAUUGUUGGUCAACAUUUUGGAGAAAAUCGGGAGGAAUCAUCACAGAAACACAGUCAAACCCAUUUCAUUUUGGCAUGUCAAGGAGACUAUGCUCGAAUUUUUCAAAAAAAUGAUGAAUGACGAGACGCUGAAAGCUUGGGAUAAGGCACUGCAAGUUGCAUUUGGCGUAGUCGCCAAAGAAUUGGACAAGAAGAAUUGAAAUUUUAUUUAAAUUUACUUUUAAGACAAUUUUUUAAUUUUUUGAAUUGAUUAUUUCCACCGUCCUACACAUGUCAUUCACGUCCAAUUGCACCAUAAUAUGUAAAAUGAGCUGGAACAAACAGUUUUGCUCUACGACAUUUAGUAUUCUUAAGAUUCCUUCAUGAAAUAAAUAGCUACUCUAAUUUUUUAA